AUGACACAAUAUGAUGCACUUGGGUCCUCUUACGACGUUAUAGAAACCCUUCCUUUCAAAAUCCUGGAACUACAUAAUGUGUUCCUCGCCAUUCGCACUCUUCUCCACUCCGGUAUGACGGUUUUCGACGUUGCGUGUGGCACAGGCUACUACUGCUCCCGUCUUCUCUCCUGGGGCGCCAGCUCGGUAACGGGUAUUGACAUUUCGUCUUCUAUGUUAUCCGCCGCUUCUGUCCGGCUAUCAUCAAGCAUCGACUCUGGCUGCGCUCGUUUCGUGCUUGCCGAUGGCAAGCAGCCCCAAUCAUUUACACCCGACCAUCGGCCCAACUACUUCGAUGUUGUCUUUGUGGCCCAUGUUCGCCAAUAUUGGCAAAAUCUCAAACCAGGCGGCGUGUUCUUGGGUGUUGUGCCGCACCCUAGCGAGAAUAUGAAUCAACGUGCCAAGGCGUACGGUAAGGAACCAUUGAAUCGCUUGUGGCCACGGAAUGAGUAUACUAGGGAGUUGGAAUCUGGAGAGGGGUGGGACUUGCAUGUCUUUUUGAAUGAUGAUGGGGUAGACUUUUCAACAUGGCAUUUGAAGAAAGAGGUAUAUGAGCAGGCCGCAAGAGACGGAGGAAUGAAGGGGAAGUUAGAGUGGAAGCGGGAGAUAUUCCCAGGAAAUGAGUGGAAGUAA